AUGUCGAGAAUCUCUGGCUUGAAAUGCCUAUUUGCUAGUCGACUGACACCGCGGAGAAAUUUCGCGACUGCGCGAUUGGCAUUUGCCGAACAGUCACCUUUCACAGCGGGUCAACCGUUGCACGAAACUCGUCCUCAUACGAUAAGCCCAGGAGAACUAACACCUGGAAUUUCUGCACUUGAGUAUUUCCAGAGAAGAAUUUGUGUUUCGUCCAGCAUGACUACGGGCAGUGUUGCCAUCAUACCAGGUGAACAGAUCAAGUACGCAUCAGGAAGCGUGUUUUUUCCUUUCCAACAAGACAAUGAUUUUUAUUACUUAACAGGAUGGAACGAACCAAACUCCGUUGCCAUAAUUGAAAAGCCAACUGCUAAUCCAGAUGACGUGGUUUUUCAUCUGGUAGUACCACCUAAAGAUCCUGCUGCAGAACAAUGGGAGGGCCAUAGGACUGGGCCGGAUGGUGCAGUUGAGAUUUUCAACGCGGAUGUGUCAGAAAGUUCCAAGGUAUUGGACAAGCACAUUCAGAAGGUCCUUCAGAAAUACAGAACUGUUUACUAUGACUUCCAGGACCACAAAUCAUCGUCAUUAUCAUCAGUCGUGAACUCGUUUUUCAAGAAGCAAGUUCAAACAGAGAACUCACGCACUAUAGAAAGUCUUCUGAAACAGGGCAAUAAGUCGGUACGUUCCUUAAGAUCUAUUGUGAGCAAUCUGAGGGCUGUGAAAUCUGAAGCCGAACUUAGCAUCAUGAGGCUGGCUGGUAAGAUAUCUGGAAGAGCUUACAACGCUGCUUAUGCCAGGAGAUUCAAGACAGAGAAAGCUCUUUGUGCAUUCCUGGAAUAUCGCUUUAUAAGUGGAGGGUGCGACAAAUCUGCAUAUGUUCCCGUUGUGGCUGGGGGCGCGAAUUCCCUGUGCAUCCAUUAUACCAGGAAUGACGACUUGCUGCGUGACGGGGAGCUGGUUCUCGUUGAUGCUGGAGGAUCCCUCGGAGGUUAUGCGGCCGACAUCUCGAGAACAUGGCCCGUUUCGGGAAAGUUCACAGACCCUCAAAAGGAUUUGUAUGAGGCUGUGUUGAGCGUGAACAAGCAUUGCAUAAAGCUGUGCACGGAAAGUGCCGGCGUCUCCAUACAGGAUCUGCAUUACGAGAGCGUGAGGGUAUUGACGAGGGAGUUGAGAAAUUGUGGGUUUGCCCAGAUCCAGGACUGGGAGACAUCCAGACUGUAUCCUCAUUACAUCGGCCACAAUCUUGGUCUGGACGUUCAUGACGUGCCAAGUUACCCACGUUCAGGGAAGUUCAAGAGCGGCCAGGUAGUUACCGUUGAACCUGGUGUGUACGUUCCGGAUAACAGCAAAUGGCCCAAGCAUUUCAGAAACAUUGGAAUUAGAAUUGAGGACGACGUGGCAGUUGGGAAAAACACCUACACCGUGCUGACUUCAGAAGCAGCAAAGGAGGUGGUUGAUAUCGAGGCGAUAGCGCAGAAUGGUGUGACCACGCCAUUGGAAGAAGAGGUCGUUGAUAUUUGGUCAUUAUGA